AUGCCAAACCACGCAGCGGUGGCAAAGCCGAUGGGAGACUGGAUCGAGUGGCAGAUGGACGGCAAAGCUAAUUCCUACAAUAGGCAAACGGACUUAAAGGAACUUCGUGAAACCAAGCAAUUUAUUUUGCGUCCGCUUAGUGCAUCUGAAGUGUAUCAGCUGCUCGCUAGCACCGGCCGUAGUGAUGCUAUACCCGACGGUCGCUUUGUCAGACAAGGUCUGACAUUCGUGGAUAAGUUUAGGCGUCGUAUCAUCGGUGGUGGCAACGAGGUGCGUACGUCUAGGCAGCAAGUCUGCUUUGAGACGCGCAGCGCACGUAAUCUCGCCGAGGCUGAAGCGGUCUUCGGAGCCUAUGUAGCGGCGAGCAAUCGACGCGAAGAUGAGUCGCUAAAAAAACGUGUGCGCAAUAGUGAGGUGGCACGUAUUUUAAAGUUGAAGAAACGUAAAAAGUUGCGCACUGAAGAUGUCGGCAGAGGUAAAAAGCGUAUUCAGAAUGAUGACGAUGAGCCAAUAAGUAAUCCUGAUUUAGUCUCACGAACCGCUACCGUGGGAGCAGAUGACAAUUUGGAGAGCUUGACAUUAGAUCCAGCAACUAAGGCUGUAUUGGUGAUGAACACCGAUGCAACGGUAAUGACAAAUCCAGCUGUAGAAAUGUACAGGGAUGCAGAGGAUGCCGCGAUCUCAACACGCAAAAGUUCAACGCCACCAGAGGGCGCCAUUAAUUGCAUUUUCAUUAGAAAGAAUGAAUAA